GAGCUAGAUCAUUAACGGCUUUAUAUGUGAGGAGGAGAAUUUUAAAUUCUAUUCUGGAUUUAACAGGGAGCCAAUGAAGAGAAGCUAAAAUAGGAGAAAUAUGAUCUCUCUUUGUAUAACAGUGGCGUUCUUAUUGUGUUUUAGCAAACGUAUUAUAACAAGUAAUUCAUUUUUAGGCAUAAAACACAAUUAUUCUUUUCUUUCCAGGAUUGUUCUUUCCAAGGAUAAUUCCACCAGAAGGAAGCGGAAAAGAACAUGAAAAAGUGGCUGAUUGUUCCCUGAUCUUUUUAAAUUAAAAUCAGCAGAAUAUUUAAGUCUUUCCAUGUCGUAAAAAUGUAUUUAGAUGUUCAUUUCCUUAAAACCUUGAGACCUACAUGUUUUAAAUCAGCAUUAUAACAGCAUUUAUGCUCUGGAAUGUCGUCCUGAUUUUUGCAGCAGGAAAACCAUGGGAGCACGACCACGUUCCCUCCUCCUCUGUCGGCACAGCGGGCGGGUGGAGAAAGGGAGGAGGAGCGCUGAGAAAUCUGACGCAGUGUUUGCAGCUGCUGCAUCACUUCCACUCUCUGCUCCCCGGCGGACGCACGGCGUCUCUACAAGCCAUCACAAACACUCGGCUCCUCCCGGUUAGCGAGAGCCCGAGGGGCGGCAUCAGUGCACGGAAAUGUUGGCUGUAACGAUCCGAUGGCAGGCGGAGCCCUGGGCCUCAGGUUCGGGGUUAAAGCUGGAACUUUAACCGCGGAGGUCUGCUCUUGUGUGCUGAGUGGCGCAGGAGAAGAGGAUGUCUCCGCGGCCGCAGGCACUCCUCCCAUUGCUGCCACAACACUUGAUUAUUAGCCGACACCAAAGGGCUGUUGUUUCCCUUCUGACAGACGAUUUGUUGAUCGGAGGAGCGCUGCUUUUUGAGGGGAUUCGUCUACCAUGCUGCCUGUUCAGAAACCAUGAAAACUCUCAAUGAAAACAACGACGAGGAGGAGGAGAAGGAGGGAUCUGGGUGCAGCGCCAUGGAGGAAAAGGAGAACAAUCUGAAAACGGCCAGGUUGUGGAGGGAUGCUGCCCUCCGCUCCAGGAAGCUUCGGAGCAACCUUCGCCAGCUGACCCUCUGCUCCAAAAAUAACCAGAUCGUCCUACCCGACGAUAUAUCCGACAUAGAGGUGCUCAACCUAGGAAACAACUCCCUCCAGGAGCUGCCGGACGGAUUGCAGUCCACCCUCAACAAUCUGCGCAUCCUUAUCCUUCGCAGGAACAGGUUCACCGCGGUGCCUAGGGUGGUUCUUAAGCUGGGGCAGCUGGUAGAGCUUGAUAUAAGUCACAAUUGUUUGAGGAGCCUACCUGAUGGUGUAGGACAGCUGAGAGAAUUGAAGAAGCUGUGCAUCAGUCACAACAAACUACAGAACCUUCCAGCUCAAAUUGGAGCACUUCAAUCACUGGAGGAACUUGACAUCAGUUUCAACGACCUGCGCGACUUCCCCAGGUCCUUCACCAGCCUUUGCAAGCUGCGAACUCUGGAUGCAGAUCACAACAAGCUGAAUCGGUUCCCUGCGGAGAUCCUCGCCCUGGGUGAGCUUGAGGAGCUCGACCUCUCUGGGAACAAAUUUCAGGCUUUGCCGGCUGACAUCAUGAUGCUGAAGUUCACCAAGAUUCUGUGGCUCAGCAGUCUGCACAUGUCCUCUUUGCCUGACACUUUCUGUCAUCUGCACAACUUGGAGAGCCUGAUGCUGGAUGGGAACAACCUCACAGUGCUGCCUUCAUCCUUUGCUCAGCUGCAAAGACUGAAAAUGAUGAAUUUGUCUUCUAAUGACUUUAAGAACUUUCCACAUGCUAUUUUAAGCAUCACAGGAUUAGAGGAACUCUACCUGAGCAGAAAUAAACUGACUCAUAUUCCAGAGGAAAUCGCUCAGCUGGUGAAGCUGGUAAAUCUCUGGCUUGACAAUAACAACAUCACUCAUCUACCUGAUUCGAUUGUGGAGCUGGAGAAGUUGGAGGAGCUUGUUUUACAGGGUAACCAAUUAGCCAUUCUUCCAGAUCAUUUUGGGAAGCUGUCCAGGGUUAAUAUUUGGAAGGUGAAAGAUAACCCUCUCAUCCAGCCUCCAUAUGAGGUAUGCAUGAAGGGAAUCCCAUACAUUGCUGUCUAUCAGGAGGAGCUUGCACAGUCUCAGCUUGCUGUGAAGCCAUGGCUGAAACUGGUGUUGAUGGGGACAGCAAAUGCUGGGAAAACCAAGUUGAGACAUAGUUUGCUUGGAACUGAACGGAAUGUAAGAGGAACACAGGAAAACAAAGGAAUUGAAGUCACUAAUUGGGUGGCUGACUCUGAUCGCCAUCUAACAUUCUUAGUGUAUGACUUGUCAGGGAACCAAAACUAUGACCUCAUUAAACCCUUUUUUUUCUCCCCUGGUGCUCUCUGUGUUCUUGUUGUCAAUCUUAAAGCUUACUCACCCAAGAACUUUUAUGCCCAUGUUGGGUAUUUUCUUCACCUACUGUUUGCUAAAGUCCCCCAUGCUGUGGUGUGCUUGGUGGGCACACAUUCAGACCUGUGUGGAGAGAUGGAGGUGGAGGAGAAAACUCUGGACAUACACAGACAGAUCGGCCUGCAGGAGAGGAGUGACAUCCAGUGUCUGAGGAGCCUGGUACAGCAGGUGGACCUUGCUCUGGAGCAAGGCUACAAAGUCCGCACCUCCAGCCCACAUGUCCUCUUUUAUGGUGUCAGCGACAGAAACCUGAGGCGCAGGAAAGCCCAGUUGCAGUACAUGCUAAACCAGAGGUUGCAGAUCCUGUCCCCGGUCCUGUGUGUUAGUUGCACGGAGACCCAGAAGAACAUCCAGAAGCUGAGGGAGAAGCUCAUGUCAGUUGUAGACCACCGGGAGAUAUUCCCCAACCUUCACCGUGUGCUGCCAAAGUCCUGGCAGAUGCUGGAGGAGUUGCACUUUAAGUCCAAAGAUCUGUGGCUCUCAUGGUGGAGCUCAGCCCGUUUGGGCCUCCAGGCGGGACUUACAGAGGACCGACUGCAAAGCGCCUUGUCCUACCUGCAUGAGAGUGGGAAACUGCUCUACUUUGAAGAUAGCAUCACACUGAAGGAGUAUGUUUUCCACAAUCUUCCACGUUUUAUAGCAAUUCUUAAUGUCUUCUUUCAGAGGGACAAGUCCACGCUUUUGAACCGGCUGUUGUCUGAGGGGGAACGGGGAGACAAGGGGAGAGUGAGUCUGGUCAUUGAGGAUGAGAAGGGAGAGAACCUCAGGGUCACCCAUCUUCAGGAACACCUGGAGGGCUUCCUCCAUGAUGGCCUCUUGCCCUCCAAUGUCAUCCGCCUGCUUCUUAGACCGCACAUCCAGACACAGCAGGACCUCCACCUCAUUAUGGAGCUCCUGGAGAAGAUGGGGAUCUGCUACUGCAUCACCAAACCCCGAACCAAGCCCCUGAAUGGGGCCACAGCGUGGUACAAGUUUCCUAGCUAUGUCAGUAGUGAGGGAGCUUUGUUGGAAGACUUAGCUGGAGGAAACUUUCUGCCUAUUAGCCCUUUAUUCUCAGUGGAACAGCUGUACAUCCAGUACAGCUUCCCUUUCCUGUUUCCUCCUGGACUGUUUGCACGCUUCAGUGUGAAGAUCAACAACCAUGUGGUUCAGCGGUCAGAUGGCAGGCAUCAGAUAUUUGCCCAUCGGGGUAAAGUCCCAGUGGUGAUCAGCCACCAGCCCUCCAAGGGCAAACUCUUCGCAGAAACUCUGUCCAUCGCCAGCCACGCCUCACUGCCUAACAUUUGGACUGCCUGGCAGGCUGUCACUCCACUGGUGGAGGAGCUGAACAUGUUGCUGCAAGAGUGGCCAGGCCUGCACUAUUCUGUACAUAUUCUCUGUUCCAAGUGCCUCAAGAGAGGGUCCUCCAACCCGCAUGCCUUCCCGGGGGAGCUGCUAAGCCAGCCACGGCCCGACGGUCUGACUGAGAUUAUCUGUCCAAAAAACGGCUCGGAGAGGGUCGACGUGGCCCUGGUUUACCCCCCAACUCCCACAGCCACGAGCCCCAAGUGACACCACCACAACCUCCCCACCCCAACUGCAACUCUCACGCCCUGCCUACACAAUGGCAUACCUGACCCAGCUUGUCAAACCCUGUCACAGAGACACCUCCUCCCACACCUUUUCUGCUGUCCACCAUCACCAUCAGCGCAGCUGGUUGAGCAAACACAGAGGAACUCACAGCACAUUCAGGUGUGUGGGUCAGAUGUCUCUUGGCGUCACCUCAGUGCAGACGGAGGAGCUUUUCAGCAGCAACACGUCACUUUUCUGUAGCACCUGACGUCCUAACACUGCUUCCCAAGUUUCUAUGUUGACUCUAAGAUGAAACAGUUUAUUCUCUGUCAACCUGAAUCAAAGUCCAAAACUCAUGUUGCAUUUAUUUGGUCUUUUAUCAACAAACAGCCGUUUUCUAGAGAAACUUGUGAAGCAGAGAGGCUGCUUUCUGCUUCCUGAAUGAGAACAUACAGUGAGGACCUCCUGAGCAGGGUGUUGAACGGCUCCCAUCCCAAAGCUGCAGACCUGUGGGGCAGCAUGAAGAAGACCCGUAGCAAUGUGUCUUGCUCAUACAUGUUGCUAUUCAGUGCAGACCACAAGUCACAAUGACCACAGACAUGUUAGUAAGGUUGGGACAGAAUGUAACUGCAGAUGACAAGCCAGCAGGUAGAGCCAAAGAUCAAAGAGGGCUCAUUUUAAUAUGAAGGAAGCAGCACCUCUGCAAGAUGAAUGUGAGAAUAUUAAACAUGUAGUUCUAAUUCUUUGAAACAGCUGGUCUGUUUUCAGUUGGCUGGAUGUUUUUAUCACUUCAUGUAAGUUCUCACAUAAAUCAAACCAACUGCUUAGCAGGCUUUAGGGUAUAUCUGUAAAAGCACAGUUUCUUUGACCAUCAGACAGUCCACUCAACCUGAGAACAACACAGCACCAGCAAUGGUAACCCUAACCCUGGAGUGUGGAAAUGGGGUCACAGCAAACAUAAUAAAAAGAUUCUGCAAAGGUGCCUCCUUGUUUCAGUUGGAACUGCUCACACAGAAAAGAUUUUAUAGGAACUUUCCCAGCGUUGUUGCUUUGUGGAUGUUCAUGUUUUUCUCCACAUGCAGAGCUCAUGUGAGUCUGGUAGUUUCACGCUGGGAUUAGUGUAGAAUUUCUUCCAUUUGGAGCUAAUGGACAGCUUGUCCGAGACGACAAUGCUGUGGGAUUGGCUCCACAUCACCAACUCCAGUCAUAACGUCCAUUUAAAUUCAGGAUUUAUUAAUGAUUGAUAAUAAAAGAAAGUUAGAUUUUUAUCCUAAAGUGGUUCAAAGAAAUUUAGAAAUGCGUCAUAAUAAAUUAGAAUAUUGUUGAAACGUUUAGUUAUUUCAGUAACUCCAUCACUUUAUAUAGAUUAUUUCCACACAGAAUAAUGAUUUCAUGCCUAUACUUCUGUAUCUGUUAAUUAUUAGGAUUUUCUGAUAAUGAAAACAUGACAUUUAAGUUUAGAAUAUUACAUGAGAGCACAAAAAACAUUUUUAUUACAGAAAUGUGGGCUUAAUAAAAAUGAUGUUUAAUACCUGCUUAAAAGUUCAUUCCAAAAGGUUAAAUCUGACAAACAAACCUCAGCAGCACAGAUUCUAAUUUACUGUGAUGUACCUGUAGAUACCUGUUGUCUGCUAGAAUUCAUCCAAGCUCUGGAAAUGGGUUUUUACUACACAAAGAAAUAUUCUGCAGAAUGGGACAGACCAAAUUUUAUCAGACAUAAGAAAUAAAAAGGAAAUCUAACAUUCCAGAGCUGGAACAGUUUCUUGAACACACAGCUCAUCUGAGCCUUGUGGUCUGCACUCCUUCGGACUCUGAAUGACCACUGGUGGUACUUUGUGACAACAAACUGCUGCUCUAGAUAUCAGCUUUUCCUGCACACAUUGUUCAACAUGCCGCAAGUUAUCGGGGCUGAGUGUUCAGAUACUUUUCUCCACUGCCACCUCUGACUGAACAACCCAGAACAAUGACUGUGUAUUGUGAAAGGAUGAACCCUGGUUGUUUCCUCACUCUAAAGACCUUUUCUGCAGGAUCAAACUAAAGUCUGUUUUCUUUCUUGUAAAUAAUAUCCUUAUUUUUUUACGUAGACACAACGUGUCGAGCUGUGGCAUAUUUACAGUGCAAUGCUGUGCAUGACUUGAUGGGAGUGCACACAGGGUUUUAUAUGUAACUGGUUUCAACAUGAAUACCAAAUAAAUCAAUAACUGGCUUUAA